UCCGCUCUCGCAGUUUGUAAACACAGCGAAAGGAGAGAUGGAGUCGACAAGAGGUCUGACCUAAAAAUAUUCCUCAGAUUAGAUUUCCACAUACACGGAGAAAGAGAAAGAAAGAAAGAAAGAACACGAAUACGAACGAGAACCUGCAGGAUAUUCUGUUUACACCGGAAACUGACUCUGAUAUUCCUUUCGGGGAAAUAAUCUCUGACGGUGAUCCGCUCGCUGGUGCUGUGUGGCUCCUGACUAUCUGGUGCUAGAGAAAGAGAGAGGGAGGGAGAGCGGGGUAAAUUAGUGUCUUUUCUCUGUAGUGUGUUUGUCACUGGUUGUGUCCUUUCCUGCUCGGCUCUAUGGGGAACUGUUUCUCCUCUCAGAGUGCUGAUGAUCAGUCUCUGCUCAACGAGUCUGAGGGAGUGAGUCUGCCCGGAGAGCCUCCACCUCCUUAUCAGGAGCAUGCGCAGGUGCCCGUGUACCACCCCACGCCCAGUCAAGCCCGCCUAGCCACCCAGCUGACGGAGGAGGAGCAGAUACGGAUCGCUCAACGCAUUGGCCUCAUCCAGCAUCUCCCACGUGGCAUCUUCAACCCGGGCUCUGAACCCACCGACAAGAAGAUCAAAGAGUGUGUGAUCUGUAUGCUGGACUUUGAAUACGGAGACCCGAUCCGGUUCCUGCCGUGCAUGCACAUCUACCACGUGGACUGUAUUGACACGUGGCUCAUGCGCUCCUUCACCUGCCCCUCCUGCAUGGAGCCAGUGGACGCAGCACUGCUCUCCUCCUACUAGACCAACUGGGCUGCUUUCACUUCCACUGAGACACGCCUGUACGGGGAACGUACCAGUGGAGUCAGCCGAGGGGGUCACAAGGGGGAUUAAGAGUGUGGGAGGGGUGUGGCUGUGUGUGAAGAAAUGAUUGAGUGUUGGUUAGAGGAUGUAUAGAAGCUGACUAAACUGGCUUAAGGAUGAAUCCAGGCCUCAUUUAUGAUAAUUUAUUGGCCGAAUCAUUGCAUUUAAAUGUGGUUGAUGAAAAAUGAUCACAUAUCUAGCCAAUUUUCUUUCCAGAUGUGCAAUACACACGAGGUUAAAGAAGCUGUCUGUGUCUGAUGAAGCAUCUCUUCGUGAACGUGUGCCCUGGGCUAAGAUCGAUGAGCUUGUGCCACAGCUUGUGGCUGUGGACGUCCUGCUGAAACACAGCGCUCUUUAAUUAGAGACGAAUCGAAAAUGUGAGAAGCAAAUGUGCCAUACUGCAUUCCUCACUUAGGUCUGCUUUAUUUUCUUUCCGUUUUAUAGGGAUAGCACCAUGCACAGAUCUAGAGUUUCCUGAAUCUGCUCUAAAGUCGCUCAUUAAACUCCUCAGAUGCGUGUGUCGAAAUAGGAAACACUAAGUUUAUCAGGACGUACCCGAAUCUUAUGGGAAGUAAUAAAAAUGCUGAAAUUGUCAUAUUGUUUGUUUUAAAGGUGUGGUUUUUAAUUUGUAUCAAAGACUUACUAGAUUUAUAAUAAAGUAUAAUUUCAUAGAUAUCAUAAGAACAUUGUGUGUGAUAUUAUUAUAUAAAUUAUGCAUUGCAAGUGGCUCAUUUUUAUUCAUUCCAGCUUCUCGUGACAGUUUUCCGGCCCUGAAAUUGGCUCCACCCCCAUCCCCUAAGCAGAACUGAUCACUAGGCUGAUUUUCUUUAAAUGUUUAAAGCUUACAAGACUUUAUACUUUCAACACCAGGGUGGAAAUGAUAAGGGGAAGGAAAAGGCACGUUAGUGCUUGUAUUAGAAUUGUAAUUCACUGUACAUGCAGCAGAGGGCGCUGGAAAUCUUCAACUGCACCUUUAAAUGCACAAAAGGUGAAAAUUUAAUGCAAAUCAUAAUGUAAAUAGCAUAAAUAGUCUGUCAGGUGUGUUGCCAAAUUGGGCAAGAUCCCUCUUUUCAUCAAUGUAUGUCUUAUGCUUGGAGUUGCAUUUUAUGGCUUCUUGUUGGUGUGUUUUUUAAAGAAGCAAAAACGUUAGGUUUCUGUUUUUCUUCCAAGUCCAUCCUGAAUUUCAGUAAUGGCUGAGAACUUAUGUUCUGGUGCUUCCUUGCUGUGAUUUUCUUAGAAAAACCCGACACGUACUUUGCAGAUAAACCCAUAAGGCAGCUCCAAACAUUUCAAAAAUGAAGUUCAGUUGUUCGAUGUAGUCAUGGAACUCCGUUCCUGUGCUGCUGUUUUCUUGUGCGAAUCCAAGAUCUAUUUUCUGCCUUAUGUAUUACGUACUGUCCAGGAAGCUUUUGAAUCCACUUGGCUGUGAACCUUUUGUUGUACGUGUGCUCGAGUGCUACACAGAGAUCUUUGUGCACCUUUUGAAAAUGUCGUAAGAGUCAAAGCUUUAAAGUGAAUCUCCUUCCUUUUUGUUACGUUUUUUUUUUUUCCCUUUUUGACAAAAAGGACUGAAAAUUCAAAAAGUGUCAUAAAGCGCUUCUCGGUUUUGAUAUGGCUUGAUGUAACAUCUUUUCUAUCGGUCAGCAAAACAAAAACAGAUCCGAAUCCCUUUUCUGUUCUGUCACCCUGUGAGAUAUCGAUCUAUGCUAAAAGGAAAAAAAAAAGACUCAUGAUUUGUAUUGUAUUUGUUCAUGUUUAGGGCUGAAAUGAAUCGAGUGUAAAGAGACUGAGUAUAUGCCAUGGAUUCACAUAUUUUAUUUCCUGUUUUCCUGAGAUAACAAGGUCAUUUUAUUUACACGUCAUCUCAUGUUUGUCAUUAUCACAAAAAAGUGAACAUAUUUUUCUUAAAAAAAAAAAUCCUACUAUGACACCAUUUUGAUUUCAUCAUCUCAGAUUGAUUUCUCCCCACAGGUAUUGUAUUACAUCAUUGCGAAAGAAAUAGUUUGGUUCUUUUACGAUAUCAAAUUAUUGUAUGGAAAACAUUUUGUUUGGUGGGUUGUUUUAAUUAUUUUUUUUUUUAAUAUAGAAACUUCAGAUUUUUUUUUCUUUCUUUUUACAGUCUCCAGUGCUGAUGCUUGUGGUGUUCUCAUAAAGACAAAACAUUUUGUUUUAAGAUCAGAGAUUGAGUCGUUAUCUCUGGAAAGUGGCAUUUUGUUAUUUCAAGAUCUCAGCAUGUUGUGGUAACACAUUUUUGGGAAAAAUGUUUGGUUCUUUUGAGAUGUCUGAUUGUUGUGUUGCUAUAUUGGAAUUUAUUAUUAAUUUUUUAUCCCUUUUCAAGACAGAUUUGUUUAUUUCAGCAUUUUCUUCUUUCUAGGUCUCAGAUUAUUGUGCUGUUAUCUCAGAACACAAACAGCAUGUUCAUUCAAGAUCUCGGAUUGUUGUGUUUAUCUCUGGACAACUUUUUUUUUUUGAGAUCUCUGGUUGUCGCCAUUUUCUUAAGAAACCCCCCCCCCCCCAAAAAAAAAAAUCUCAGAUAAUUGUUAUCUAUAGAAAUUGCUUGGUUCUUUUGAAAUCUCAGAUCAUUCAUUUGUUAUCUUGAUAAAAGAAUAUUUUGUUAUUUUGAGAUCUCCGAUUGUUCAUAAUCUUUGAAAAAGCCAUACACUGUUUAUCAAGAGAUUUUUUUUUUCUUUUCCCAUUCAAGAUUUCAGAUUUUUUUUUCGCUGUGUUUGGAAAACCGUUUGGUUCUUUUUAAGAUCUCGGAUUGUUGUGGUGUUUAUCUUGGGAAAACCAUGUUUUGUCGGUUAUCUAUUCAUAAUGGCAUGAAAUAAGCUCUUGUUAGUGCAGGAGAAGUGAGUAAAAUAUGUGAAUCAUUUUUAGGGCUUGUAUUAAUCAAAUGUUGCUGCAGAACUAAUCUCUUGUACCUUUAAAAAUAAAAAGCCUGAUUUAGAAACAGAGAACCUGAAUUCAACCUGAGAAUGUAUUAUUAAAAAAAAAAAAGCAUUUCUGAAAGUUAGUAUCCAGAGAUAUGAUUAUGGCUUAGACAAGAGCAGAUAAUGAAUGUGUGGGUGUGGGGACAAACAUCUGUCUGGCUAAUCAAACAUCUGUCUAAGUGAAGCUGAAGACUUUUUUUUUUUUAAUAAUAGAACGUUUAGUACAUUUCACUGCAAAUCACCUGAAAUUAUCUAUGUUUAAAAAUGUAGCUCUAGUACAGACUUUUUUCCCCAAUGCAAAAAAGAGAAAAUAGCGAUUUAAUGAACUCGUGUGAAGUACAAUCAUCUUUGCUUUUCUUUUUUAACAGAAUAUAUGGUUUGAUUUGAUGCCAAGUUUGCUUCAUUAAUGUGUAAUACUGAAUCUGGGCUGCUGGACAGAAGUGUGUGUGUGUGUGUGUUUUGUACAUGUGCAGUAAAGGCACAUUUUGGGAAUAUGUAAACACCAUGAUGAAUAUACAAGUAAAUAAAUAAAUACCAAUUCUUCCAUA